AUGUCUUCUCCUCCUCCUGCAUCUUCGCCAUGUCAGCCAAAGGGAACCAAGUUGAAGGAAGUGCGAUUUGUGCUCCCUCCAACUACGCGGUUUAUUACACCGUGCCUUUCAUCUCCCUCUUCAGCAAACAGCGACGCCGCUGUCGUUCUCGACGUAGACGAACCCCUCAACACAGAGCUUUCACCCAUCUCUGCGGCUCUUUCUACUUUUGCCCACUCGCUGAUUCCAGAAACCCAUCGACUCCCGUCCUUGUUCGACAUGCCAGGAUGGACAACGCUGCAGUUCCAGUUCUUCCCUUGGCUAAACGCGAGGCCUUCAUUGUCUAUUUUGGCACGGGAUGGCGUCGUCUCGUGUUCCCCAUCUUCAACCCGCCGCGCAAAGACUGCUUCUACAGACCCUGUCCAUGAUACCCCGGCACCCCUCCAACCGUGGAUAGAACCUCACAACACUGCCCUCCACGGUCCUCCAUGCAUAAUCGAGCUUUUCGCCGAUAACAACAACCUUCCAUCCCGUGCUUUUGGCGAUAUCCUCAACUUCAAGGAUCUACUCACCAACUUCGAAUUUGACAUUGGUGCUAAAGCGCCGGACGCCCCUGAAGGGAAGACGUUUUACCGAUUGCUCUGGAGGGGGAGGGAGGAGCAGAUUCCGACGGUUAUCGAGCCCGCCAUGCCCGCCUUGAUCACGCAUGCGACGUUCUACAAUUGUCCGCUGACAGUUGAUGACGCAUAUACCAUCCUGGAAGCCUUUGGAGCCACACUUGCGUUCCUCGCAAUCGAGAGAAUCGUGUACGACCGCUCCGGAUCACGCUUACCGCCGGAAUACAGGAUGUCGCUCCCAUCUACUGGACGGCGUUCGUUUCCCAAGCUUAAAAAUCUUAGCUUGACGUCAGAAGUACCCCUCAGCAAGCUUUUCCUGCGGACAAAGUUCCCGAAUGUUAAGAACUUGGCGUUGACCUUGAAGGGUGAGGGGACGAAGACGAAUGUUGCGGAGCUUGCUCGUUCAAUGGGAGAGGAGUGGCGGGCGUUUUUGGUUGGUGGGGAUAUUGUAGAGCGGAAGGUGGAUAGGUUGAAGAAGGAGAGGUCUGAGGUCCAUGUCGCCAGGAUCUGA